GAGCGUCAUUCCGCGCCCGACCGCCGACCGCGUCGCACGCGCCAUGCUUGACUACGCGCGCCCGUACGACCCCGCCAUGUGCGACCUGUACCUCGCGCCCGCCGCGCCCCCCGCGCCCGCGCGCCUCGACGACUUCAAACAAGUCUUCAACAAGGGCCCCGCCUCCUACAUCUACGGAAACUACUACACCAACCCUCCCUACGACGUCUACGCCGAGGAGGACACCUCCACCAACGUCUACCACAACCUCGUCAGCUCCCGCGAGUACCCGCGCGACGAAUGGAAAUACAAGUUCGUCGUCGACUGGAACGAGGACGACACAAUAUCCUGGAUAGUUGAUACCGCCAUCAGUAUGGGCUUCAGUGAAUAUGACAUACCGUGGUACAAUUUCAAAAUCCUCGGACACGAACUGCGAAUUAUCAAGAAGGAUGAAAUGAUGCAGAGACUCGCACAUCCAAGUGUCGACCCUAACAUCACAGCCAGAAUCGCCAGUGGAUUAUUUGACAAGCUCCAGAGCCGCAUAAACGAGGAAUUGCUCAGACAGUCAUCAGUGCUAAGGUAUGCAGAGAGUGACCCAUAUCAGCAACAGGAGCCCGCGCACACGAUGUUGGACUUGGAUAUGGACCACAAGAGUCGGAUGUACACAUCAGAUUACAAGCCAAACAACAGCAGUUUGUUGGCAGCGUGCGACUCCAGUGACGACGCGGAAGAUGUAUACCGCAACUCGGAGACGGCGUCCCCCGAAUGUUCCUACGGCAGUGACGGGAGCAAGUCCGGAGACGAGGACGACAAGAGGAAGCAGUUCAAGCGGCCGCCGGGCCGGCCGAAGGGGAGCGGUAGGAAGAUCUGCAAGCGUCCGCGAAGCGUUUCAGUCCCGGAGUUCCUCAGAAACCUCCUGUUCGACCCGAAGUACUGUCCGUCGAUAAUCAAAUGGGAGGACCACGCCAACGGCAAGUUCAGGUUCGUGAAGCCAGACGAAGUAGCAAAACUAUGGGGCAAGAUGAAACAGAACGACGGCAUGACCUUCGAGAAGUUCAGCCGAGCCAUGCGGUACCACUACCGGCAAUCCGUCCUGGUGUCGGUCCCGACCGCCCGCCUGGUCUACCAGUUCGGACCCAAAGGCCCAGACUUCAAGACGGACAAUCCGAAUUUCAUCAAAGUGAAGUCAGAGAUGGACAGUUACGAGAUGUACUCUUAGUUUAAGUAGGUAGUGUAGUGACGCUAGUUUAGUGGUAGGUUAUGAGGCUCGAAUAUGAAGCUUUUCACGAUAGUUGACUCCGGUUUUGAGAUAUUAUAAAUGUGUUUUGUGAGUUGUUAAAUUUAUGGUUUUGGUAUGGUGAUGUUCCUAAAAAGCAGAAAAAAGACAGGUGCUGAAAAAUGUGUACCAUUUCUUAUUCGAAGGAUGGUUACUCUAACAAUGACACGACAUUUUAAAUUGCCAUUUCAAUGUGCCCAAUAACACUAAGGUUUACGUCUUAGUGUUUGACAUAGACCCUUUUAAUGUCACAUUUCUUCUUAAUUUCUAGCAAUAGACGACACAAGACUAUAUAAGAUAUACCGAUUUACUUUAACUCGAAUUUAAUGUACCUCAAUCGGUAAUAUAACUGAAUACGUU